AUUUGAACCUCUUUUAUUUAUAGGUUGAAUCACUGGACAAUGCCACAUGCUUUGUGGAUGGUGUGGGCCUUGGGGACUGUCAUCAGCCUCUCCAAAGAAGAAUCCCCUGCUCAGACUUCUCUGUCUUGUAACCCUGAUGGUAUCUGUGAUGGCAGCUUAAGAUCUUUAAACUCCAUUCCCUUGGGGCUCACAGCAGCUGUAAAAAGCCUUAACCUGUCCAACAAUGGCAUCACCUAUAUUAGCAACAGUGACCUGCAGAGGUGUGUGAACCUCAAGGCUCUGAUACUGGAGUCCAAUAGAAUUACCACAAUAGGUGAAGAAUCUUUUUCUUCCCUGGGAAGUCUGGAACAUUUGGACUUAUCCUAUAAUUACUUAUCUAACUUAUCAUCCUCCUGGUUCAGGCCCCUUUCGUCUUUGACAUUCUUAAACUUACUGGGAAAUCCUUACAAAACACUAGGAGAAACAUCUCUUUUUUCUCAUCUCACAGAUUUGCGAAUCCUGCAAGUAGGAAAUAUAUAUACCUUCUCUAAGAUUCAGAGAAAGGAUUUUGCUGGACUUACCUUUCUUAAGGAACUUGAGAUUGAGGCUUCAAAUCAUCAGAGUUAUGAGCCAACAAGUUUGAAGUCAAUUCAGAAUAUAAGUCAUCUGAUCCUUCAUACAGAGAAGCCUAUGUUACUGUUGGAGAUUUUUGUAGAUGUUUUAAGUUCUGUGGAACAUUUGGAACUGAGAAAUAGUGAUCUGAACACUUUCCGUUUUUCAGGACUAUCCAUUAGUGAAACAAAUCCAUUGCUUAAAAAGUUUACAUUGAAAAAUGUGGAAAUCACAGAUGAAAGUUUGUCUCGGAUCCUGAAACUUUUGAGCUAUGCUUCCGAGUUGUUAGACAUAGAGCUUGAUGACUGCACCCUGUAUGGAAUUGGUAAUUUUAUUGCAUCUGAGAAAGACAGAGUUACAGACCCAGGUAAAGUGGAAACAUUAACAAUACGGAGGCUGAGGAUUCCAAAGUUUUAUCUAUUUAAUGAUCUGCGUUCUGUAUAUUCACUCACAGAAAGAGUGAAAAGAAUCACAGUAGAAAACAGUAAGGUUUUUCUGGUUCCUUGUUUACUUUCCCAGCAUUUAAAAUCAUUGGAAUACUUGGAUCUCAAUGAAAACUUGAUGGUCGAAGAAUACUUGAAAAAUGCCGCCUGUGAGGGUGCCUGGCCCUCCCUACAAACCUUAAUUUUAAGACAAAAUCAUUUGACAUCAUUAAAGAUAACUGGAGAGACUUUACUUACUCUGAAAAACCUGACUGACCUUGAUGUCAGUAAGAAUAGUUUUCGUUCUAUGCCUGAAACUUGUCAGUGGCCAGGAAAGUUGACAUAUUUGAACUUAUCCAGUGCUCGAUUAGACACUGUUACCCAGUGCAUUCCCCAGACACUGGACGUUUUAGAUAUUAGCAACAACAAUCUUGAGUCAUACACUUUGUUUUUGCCACAACUCAAAGAACUUUUUAUUUCCAGAAAUAAGUUGAAGACUCUCCCAGAUGCCUCCCUCUUACCCACGUUACUAGUGCUGAGUAUCAGCAGAAAUACCAUCAAUACUUUCUCUAAGGAGCAACUUGAGUCUUUCCAUACACUGAAGACUUUGGAAGCUGGGGGCAACAACUUCAUUUGCUCCUGUGACUUCCUGUCUUUCACUCAGAAGCAGCAAGCCCUGGCUGAGGUUCUUAUCGAUUGGCCAGAAAACUACCUGUGUGACUCUCCAUCCCACGUGCGGGGCCAGCGGGUUCUGGACGUCCGUCUCUCGGUGUCUGAAUGCCACAAGGCUGCGCUGGUGUCUGGCACGUGCUGUGCCCUAUUCCUACUGAUCCUGCUCACGGGGGUUCUGUGCCACCGUUUCCAUGGCCUGUGGUACAUGAGAAUGAUGUGGGCCUGGCUCCAGGCCAAGAGGAAGCCCAAGAAAGCUCCCGGCAGGGACAUCUGCUAUGAUGCAUUUGUGUCUUACAGUGAACGGGAUUCCUACUGGGUGGAGAACCUGAUGGUCCGGGAGUUAGAGCACUUCAACCCUCCUUUCAGGUUGUGCCUUCACAAGCGGGACUUCAUUCCUGGCAAGUGGAUCAUUGACAAUAUCAUUGAUUCUAUUGAGAAGAGCCACAAGACUGUCUUUGUGCUUUCUGAAAACUUUGUGAAGAGUGAAUGGUGCAAGUAUGAAUUGGACUUCUCCCACUUCCGUCUCUUUGAUGAGAACAACGAUGCUGCCAUCCUCAUUCUCCUGGAGCCCAUCGAGAAGAAAGCCAUUCCCCAGCGCUUCUGUAAGCUGCGGAAGAUCAUGAACACCAAGACCUACCUGGAGUGGCCCGCUGACGAGGCUCAGAAGGAAGGGUUUUGGUUAAAUCUGAGAGCUGCAAUAAAGUCCUAGGUUCCUAUGUGAAAGGCCAGUCUUAGUCAAGUUCGGGUCUUUAUAUCACUAGUUGUAAUGAAGUUCCUUCUGACAUAAUUAUGUAAAAACUACAUGAAUGCACUGUCAUUUGAGUACUUGCUUACUAAAACUGCUAAAACUGUUCACAUUUUAUCUAGAUUGCUGUUUUAUAAAGACUUUCCAGAU